AUGCCAGACCUUACCAGCCAGUAUACUAUAGUUGUCGAUGACAGCCAGAUUGAAAAACCAGUCAUUGACGAUAGGAGCUACAGAUUUAUAAAGUUAAACUCUAAUGAUCUUAAAGUCUUGCUCAUACACGACCCGCAGGCAGAUAAGUCAGCAGCAGCUUUGGAUGUCAAUGUGGGAUCGUUUGCAGACAAGCAGUAUGGAAUACCCGGUUUGGCACAUUUUUGUGAACACUUGUUAUUUAUGGGUACUGAAAAAUACCCAAAGGAGAAUGAAUACUCUAAUUACUUGUCAAAACAUUCAGGCCACUCCAAUGCAUAUACUUCGUCGGAACACACGAAUUACUAUUUCCAAGUAGGCUCCAAUCAUUUGGAAGGAGCAUUGGACAGAUUUGCACAAUUUUUCAUCUCGCCUCUAUUCAGCAAGACUUGUAAAGAUCGGGAAAUCAAUGCUGUUGAUUCCGAAAACAAAAAAAACUUGCAAAAUGACGAUUGGAGAUUGUACCAGUUGGACAAGAUGUUUAGUAAUCCUGAUCAUCCGUAUAAUGGGUUCUCUACAGGUAAUUAUCAAACAUUGCACGUUGAACCUGAGCUGCGGGGCGUGAAUGUGCGUGAUGUGCUCAUGCAAUUCCACAAGGACUACUACUCUUCCAAUUUGAUGAGUUUGGUGAUUAUGGGCAAGGAGGAUUUAGAUACAUUGUCCAAAUGGGCAAUUGAAAAGUUUCUGCCCAUCUUGAACCAAAGUCUUUCGGUGCCCUCUUAUGAAGGUCAAUUGAUUUAUAAACAGAGCCAUCACUUGGGCAAAGUUAUCAAGGCAAAGCCAGUCAAAGAAAUGCAUCAGCUUGAGUUGAGUUUUAUGGUUCCAGAUGAUUUGGAAAACAAAUGGGCCAGCAAACCACAAAGUUAUUUCUCUCAUUUACUUGGCCACGAAAGUGAAGGCUCUAUAUUGUAUUAUCUUAAGCACAAAGGAUGGGUAACUGAAUUAUCUUCUGGAAAUAUGAAAGUGAGUCUGGGAAACUCUGUUUACAUGGUCGAAUUCCAAUUAACACCAACGGGUUUGAAGAAUUGGGAGACUAUUGUUGCCACCACAUUUGAAUAUUUGGCUUUAAUUCUCAAAGACGAUCCAAAGAAGUGGAUUUGGGAAGAAAUUAGAAAUAUUUCAGAGAUCAACUUCAAGUUCAAACAAAAGGCAGAUGCUUCGUCUACCGUGUCCAGCAUGAGUAACUCGUUGUACAAGUUUGACAAAUACAUCCCUGCUGAGAAUAUUCUUUGCUCAUCAGUUGUACGCGAUUUCGACCCUUUAGCAAUUAAGAAGUUUGGUUCAUAUCUCAAUCCUGAUAAUUUCCGUAUUACUUUGGUGUCACAGUCUUUUGAUAAUUUAACGCAAAAAGAACCCUGGUACGGUACUGAGUAUGAGAUUGAAGAUGUGCCAAAGAAUUUGAAAAAGAUUAUUGAUAAUCCACUGCCAAAUAAACAUUUGCAUUACCCUGAACCCAACCCUUUCAUACCAACGAAUUUUAACAUAUCGAAAAUAAAAGUGCAAACCCCGCAAACUGCACCAUAUUUGAUUCACCACGACAAUAAGAUGAAUGUGUGGUAUAAGCAAGAUGAUCAAUUUGAAGUACCAAAGGGAACCAUUGAGCUUGUUUUCCAUUUACCAAGCUCGAAUGUUGAUGUUGUCUCGUCAACAAAAUCAGGUGUAUUUACGGAAAUGCUCUCGGACCAGUUGAAUCAAAUCACGUAUUUUGCAUCAUUAGUCGGACUCCGUGUUGGCAUCAAUACUUGGCGCGAUGGUUUUGCAAUUUUCAUCUCAGGUUAUAAUGACAAGUUGCCUAUUUUGCUUGACCAAGUUUUGAAUAAAUUUAUCGAAUUUUCCCCCGACAAGAACAGGUUUGAGCCAAUAAAGUUCAAAUUAUUAAAGGAGUAUAGAAAUUUUGGUUUCAUGGUCCCUUACAAUCAAAUUGGCUCGCACCAUUUACAGUUGGUGAAUGAAAAAGUAUAUGAUUUUGAGGAAAGGAUUAAGGCAUUAGAGCAAUUGCAGUUCCAGGAUGUUGAAAGUUUUAUCAACAAAACUAUUUGGUCUUUAGGAAUUUUUGCAGAAGUUUUGAUACACGGGAAUUUUGACAUUACAACUGCACGCAAAAUCAAGACAUCAGUGUCGGAUCAUAUAUCACGAAUUCCCCCAUUGAUGGAGGAAUAUGAUCCAAGUAAAAUCUAUUUACAAAACUUCAUAUUGCAAGAAGGGGAAGCGAUUCGUUUUGAGAAAGAACUCCUGGAUAAAAACAAUAUAAACUCGUGUAUUGAGUAUUAUUUGCAAUUUAGUCCCAAUAAUGAUGACCCCAAGUUGCGCGUGCUAACAGAUUUACUUGCAACCAUUAUCCGCGAACCGUGCUUUGACCAAUUGAGAACAAAAGAACAAUUGGGAUACGUUGUGUUUUCUGGGGUCAAAAAGGGUCGUACAUCUUUGGGAUUCCGUAUACUUGUGCAAUCUGAGCGUUCAAGCGAAUAUUUGGAAUAUAGAAUUGAAGAGUUUCUUGCCAAAUUUGGCAGUUUUGUGAAUCUGGAAUUGAGUGAUAAGGAUUUCGCCAAAUUCAAACAAGCAUUGAAGGAUAUGAAAUUGCAAAAAUUGAAACAUCUCAAUGAGGAAACCAAUAGAAUAUGGAACUCCAUUACAGACGGAUACUAUGAUUUUGAUGCUAGACAGAAACAUGUUGAUAUACUUGAAAAUAUCACCAAAGAUGACUUUACUCAAUUUUUUAACGCGUACGUUGGAGAUAAAGACUACUCCAGGACUGGUAAACUUGUUGUUCAUUUGAAAUCUGCUAAAGUUAAUAAACCAGCCGAUGCGAAACUUGUGCAAAGUGCUUUCAUCAAUUAUGCAUAUAAGCAUGGUCUUAAAAUUGAACAUGAAUUUAUUGAACAAUUAGCCACCGAUAGUAAUUCUAUACCUGAAGCUAUUGAGAAGUUCUUAGCCGAAAUAAAGAAGCAAAGAAUUGCAGGUGAAAAUUUGAAUUCGGAAGAAGCACACAAACAGAUCAAAGAGGCAAUUGUUAAUCCAGUACCUGCGGAAUAUCCAAAGGGCAAACCAGUUUCAUCAAUUAAACAAUUUAGAUUAGAGCACAAGUUGGGUGGAAUACCUAAACCAGUUUGUGAUUUAUCUAAAUUUAGCUAUGAACAGUCACAUUUAUAG